AUGCCGCGAGAUACAGUUUUAUCGCCAGUUGCCACAAGAGUGGAGCUCAACGAUCCGCUAAAUGAAGAGUUUAUACCGGGAACUUUGAAUAUCUAUUCGCAAGAGAUCGACCAUGAAGUCAACAAGGACAAAUAUGGAGGAGACACGGGUGAUUUGCCCCGGGUUAAAACCAAGGGCAACAUCAUCUUGUUCCCGCAACCUUCGGAUUCGCCCAAUGAUCCUUUGAAUUGGCCAUCGUGGAAGAAAAUCUACAAUUUCGCCAUCCUCGUUUUCAUCACGGCACUCACCGCAGCAACUUCCAACGAUGCGAGCUCGAUUCAAGACACGUUGAAUGAAAAAUACGGAAUCACUUACGACUCCAUGAAUGUUGGCGCUGGUGUGCUUUUCUUGGGCAUAGGAUGGGGCACUUUUUUCCUAACGCCAUUGAGCUCGCUUUAUGGUAGAAAGAUCACCUAUUUCAUAUGCAUCUUUUUGGGGCUAUUGGGCGCUGUCUGGUUCGCCUUGUGCAAGCGGACGUCAGAUACUAUAUGGUCGCAGUUAUUUGUCGGCAUCUCGGAGUCCUGCGCCGAAGCCCAGGUUCAGUUGUCGCUAUCGGAGCUUUACUUUAUGCAUAAUUUAGGUACAGUGUUGACUUUUUAUAUUUUGGCUACUUCGAUUGGAACCUAUUUGGGGCCAUUGAUUGCUAGCUUUAUUGUUGAAGGGAUCAACUUCAGGUACGUUGGCUGGAUGUCGGUUUUCAUCAGUGCUGGCACUUUGAUUGUCAUUGCAUUCGUUAUGGAUGAGACGUAUUUCGAUCGAUUAAAGUUUACGGUCCAGACACAAGUAUUGGAUGGUGUUUCCAGUCGCAAAUUAUCAACGGAACAGGAACAGGAGGACUCAAACAUGAAGAAAUUGUUCAGCACUCUCACAAAGGAACUUAAAACCAGCGACGAGGAGGACCAUGCACCAGCAACACCACAACCACAACUUUCACAGGAAAAGCCCGUUUUCAUUGAGACGGCUGAUGAGGGCGCAGAUGAUCCCCCCAAGAGUUAUUGGCAAUCCGUGCAGAUGAUCACUCCAACAAGCAACUUGAAAGGAACCGGGUUCAAGCAGUACUGCAAGCGGCUAAAGUCUUUGCUCAAGGUCUUUUUAUUCCCGCCAGUGAUUUUCUCGGGUUUAGUCUGGGGAAUGCAGGAUGCGUUGCUCACGUUCUACAUUACAGUCGAAGAUGACACAUACUACGAUCCGCCUUAUAACUACGGCGAUACAAAAGUAGGGUUGAUGAACGUGCCCUGUUUGAUUGGCGCCGUUAUCGGUUGCAUUUGUGCAGGUAACGUUUCAGACUACUUUAGUAUCUUCUUGGCCAAAAGAAACAGUGGUAUUCAAGAGGCAGAGUUUAGAUUGUGGUUCUUGAUCCCGCCGGCGUUUAUCGCGCCCGUGGGGUUGAUUUUGUUUGCCGUGGGCACUGAUCACUAUUGGCAUUGGGUCCCGACUUAUAUCGGGCUAGGGAUGGUUGGGUUUGGGUUUGGUUGCGCCGGUGACGUUUCCAUGUCCUACUUGAUGGACGCUUACCCUGAUAUGGUUAUUGAAAUGAUGACGGGGGUUGCCGUGAUCAACAAUUGCAUUGGUUGUAUUUUCACAUUUGCUUGUUCGCCAUGGCUUGACGCCAUGGGCAAUAUCAAAACGUUUAUCAUCUUGGCCGUGCUUGAGUUUGUCGUCAUGCUAGGCGCAGUUCCUUUCAUCAUCUACGGUAAGCGAGUGAGAAUCUGGACUAAACAGUGGUAUUUAGACUUUAUAGCCAUGAGAGAUGGUAAGCAAUAG